AUGGCGGAGGGUUUGCGAGCGCCCAAGGAGACUGAGACCCGAGAGGCGUCCGGAUCGCGCGCCUCGAUCGUCCCUGCGAUCGUCACCAGCUUUGCGACUUCGCCUUCCAUUCCCGUCAACGGCGACGAUGCCGCUACCCCCGUCAAUCCCAAGGACGACCACAGUCCCGGUUCCGGGAAACCCGGCUUUUUGCGAACCUCGCAGUCGUUCCCCAUCGGCUCGUUACCGUCGGACAUCGCGUCCGCCUCCAGUGGGAAUCCGCAAGAUGCGCGGAGGAAUUCUCGACCGGUCAACGGGAGGAAUUCGGCCUCGUCGCCGACCGUUUACGAGACCAGCGCCGACGCCAGCGCCAUCGAUCCCCUGUCCCAACAUAUCAUCAAGCGCACCAAUACCCACAGGUCAAUUCCCCUGAAAUUACUCGGCAGAGCGUCCUAUGAGGCGGAGGUCCGCGGCAGCCCCGACCAUGCCAGCCCUGUCGAACAGGGUCCAACCCGGGGAGACACGGUGCUACCCCAGAAAUCCGGCAAGGAUAAGAAAAAAGGUGUCUCCUUCCUCAGUCGCAUAAUCGGGGGCAAGAAGAAGGGCCAAUACCUCGAGGAGGAGGACGAUGCGUCGGAACCGGAUACUGCUCGAAUGGACGCCGACACCGCCGCGCAACCGAUCGGUUUCUUUCCUCGAUUCCCUCGUCCGCCUAAAUACAUCCGUGUCCGCGCUCACUAUAAGAAAGAAAAGACCUUCAACCGGGUCUUCGUGGCGCAGCAGCUAGAAGGGGCCGACGACGACUCGGCUCUCUCGGACAAGGAUGCGCCCGCCUCUACGACGGGCACGCUGAUCGGCAAGACCGCGGGGAAGGCCGUGUGGGCAUUGGUCUUCUCCAAUGACGGCAGGUAUCUCGCGGCCGCCGGUCAGGAUGGCAAAGUCCGCGUCUGGGCCGUGAUCGCGUCGCCCGAGGAUCGGCGUGAAUUCGACGCCGAAGGCGACGACAGCCAUGACGAUGACGAGCCGCCCCCGCUGAAGGCUCCUGUGUUUAAACAGAAGCCGAUCCAGGUGUACGAGGGGCACACAGGCAGUGUACUGGACCUGAGUUGGAGCAAGAACAACUUCCUUCUCUCCUCGUCGAUGGACAAGACCGUUCGGCUUUGGCACGUCACCCGGCCAGAAUGCCUCUGCUGCUUCCAGCACAGUGAUUUCGUCACCUCGAUCCAGUUCCACCCGCGCGACGACCGCUUCUUUUUGGCGGGAUCCCUCGACACCAAGUUGCGCCUAUGGAGCAUUCCCGACAAAAGCGUGGCCUUCGUCGCGACGGCGCCGGACAUGGUCACCUCGGUCGCCUUCACGCCGGAUGGGCGACAUUCGAUCGCCGGCUGCCUCAAUGGCAUGUGCAACAUCUACGAGACCGACGGCCUCAAGGCCAUCGCGCAGAUCCACGUCCGCUCGGCCCGGGGCCGCAACGCCAAGGGCAGUAAAAUCACCGGAAUCGACACGAUGAGCGUCCCCGGCAGCGAUGCUCACGGCGAGGUGAAGCUGCUCAUCACCAGCAACGACUCGCGUAUCCGGCUCUACAACUUCCGCGACCGCACCCUCGAGGCCAAGUUUCGCGGCAACGAGAACACUUGCAGUCAGAUCCGGGCCUCGUUCAGUGACGACGGAAAGCACGUCAUUUGUGGCAGUGAAGACCGCCGGGCGUAUCUGUGGCCGACUGGUCCGUCGGACAAGGUGUCGGCCGACAAGCGCGCCGUGGAAGUCCUCGAGACGCAAUCUGCGAUGGUGACAGCGGCCGUGAUGGCGCCGGCCAAGGUCAAGCAGACCCUCGGAUUCUCGGAGGAUCCGAUCUAUGACAUCUGCAACCCGCCGCCGGUGACGCUGGUCAACCAGGCCGAGGCCGCGGGCAAAGAAAAUGGACGCAGUAAUCGCAACUCGGCCGCUAGCAGACUGGCCCAGGAAUCCCCGACGUAUCUCUCGCGGUCUACCCAUCCCGACGGGAACAUCAUCGUCGUGGCGGAUUAUUCGGGGCAGAUCAAGAUCUUGCGACAGGACUGUGCCUACGACAAACGCCGCUACGACACUUGGGAUACGCAUUCCACCAUCUCGCGACGGCUGCUGCGGCGCACCAACUCGGCCCGGCAUAGUAUUGCGUCGUCGAUCGGGAAGGAGUCCUCGCACAAGACUCCAUCAGAGCGCAUCAUCGCCUGGCGCAAUUCCGUGAUCGGCCAUCACCGCGAAGGCUCCCGGCAGGGCACGCGAACGCGCACGCCGUCUCCGCACCGGUUCGCCGACAUGUCGCGCCUGUCCAGCCCCAGACCCGGUGCCGAUUCGCGCUCGGGAUUCACCACCUCGCCGCCGCCCUCGGCUUACAAGUCCAGCAUGGACCGCAGAACCUCAACCUCCGUGGAAAGUGCUCGGACCAGCGCCGACGCUACCGGAGGGGCCAACGGCGCGGCCAGGGCGGACGAGCCCAAGUUACCGGCGUCCGCGGCGUCGAUGAUUGCCCAGGGUCGAGACAAGGAUAACCCGUUAUGGCUGCAGGGCGACCACAGCUAUGCCUUCUAUAACCGAAUCACGCAGGACGCGCUGGCCGCUCAACAACGAAGGCCACCGAGUCUGCUCAGUCCGAAUCGGCUUUCCGCGUCGCACCGCAAAAUCAGCACCGCGAGUGCCCUGAGCAGUGACUAUGCGUCGUCCCACGGCGAGCCCGAGGAGGGGGAUGUCCUCCGAUGCGAUACUUGCCAGGGCACUAACUUCCGCGCUACGAAGGGACGCAACGGCAAACAGAAACUGAUCUGCGUGCGUUGUUCUCAGUCCAUCAGUUAA